AUCUAUCUUACUUGUUUACUGGGUUCUGAUCACGGACGAAAAAUCAAAGGAAUCUUGAUCUUUCUAUGCUUUCAGGUAACUUUUUUCUCCACCAUAAAAUUAAAAAAAAAAAAGUGUCUCCAAAUUCCAAAAAUCUACAACUAGUGGUCAUUUUCGUGUUGUUCUUUUGUGCCGUGCAAAAUGCAAAUACACUCACUUUUUCGAUGCCCCUAGCUCUUUCCUCUUUAGUACUGUAUCUGUCUGUAUUCAAGCGGUUUCUUAAGCUGCUGUUUUUCUCUUUAGCUUCACUUUAGCAAUAAUGGCAGCCUCUUUCCUUCCUAAUUAUCCUUUUCACAAUAUCUACUGUCCUUUUCAAUCUAUCACUCUAUAAAGUAUAAUUGUUUUUGCUCUUUGUUGCUUUCAGUUGUCCGAGUAUUCUGUGUCAAAGGUUCUACUUUUGCUUAUUUUUCCAGGAUUCCUCAUAGUUUUAGCUUUUUCAAAACUUUCCCAUUUGAAAAAAUCAGUUUCUUUGCGUUUUUUCACCUUCACUUUCUAAGCUCUAAGUGACCCUUUUGUUCUUAAUUGAAUUGGGUUCGGACUAAAUAGCUGUGAAAAGCUGGUUUCAUAGUCAAAAUGCCACCUUCAUAUUUUCCUCUGAGGUGGGAGAGCACUGGAGAUCAAUGGUGGUAUGCUUCACCUAUUGAUUGGGCAGCUGCCAAUGGCCUCUAUGAUUUGGUCAGGGAGCUUCUUCACCUUGACACCAAUCUCCUCAUUAAGCUCACUUCCCUUCGUCGAAUUCGCCGCCUUGAAACCGUGUGGGACGAUGAAGCUCAGUUUGAUGAUGUUGCUAAAUGUCGCUCUCAGGUUGCUAGGAAACUCCUCCAUGAGCGUGAAACAAAGAGGGGUCACAAUUCUCUCAUUAGAGCUGGCUAUGGUGGUUGGCUUCUAUACACUGCUGCCUCAGCUGGGGAUGUGGAUUUUGUUAAGGAAUUGAUAGAGAGAGACCCUCUUCUUGUGUUUGGAGAAGGAGAGUAUGGUGUUACUGAUAUUUUGUAUGCUGCAGCCAGAAGUAAGAAUUCUGAGGUAUUUAGACUCUUGCUUGAUUUUGCUCUCUCACCAAGGUGUGGAUUUAGCAGUGGAGGUGAAUUGGAGGAGCAAUUGGGUACAAUUAAUCCAGACUUUAGGUGGGAAAUGAUGAACCGAGCUGUUCAUGCUGUGGCUAGAGGAGGGAAUUUGGAGAUGUUAAGGGUGCUUCUUGCUGAUUGUGGUGAUAUUUUAGCUUAUAGGGAUGCUCAGGGAUGUACAAUCUUGCAUACAGCCUCUGGCAGAGGACAGGUUGAGGUAGUAAAGGAUCUAGUAGCUUCCUUUGAUAUCAUCACCUCCACAGAUAAUCAAGGGAAUACAGCAUUACAUGUGGCUGCUUACAGGGGCUACUUAGCUGUGGUGGACUUCCUGAUUCUUUCAUCUCCCUCAUUAGCCUUUUUAAAAAACAAUUACGGUGAUACUUUUCUUCAUAUGGCAGUGGCUGGUUUCCGAACCCCCAGUUUCCGAAGACUAGACUGGCAGAUUGAGCUCAUGAAGCAGUUAGUAUGUGGUAACAUUGCCAACAUGAAUGAAAUCAUCAAUGUAAGGAACAAUGAUGGAAGAACUGCUCUUCACAUGGCAGUAAUUGAGAACAUUCAAGGUAGUCUAGUGGAACUCCUCAUGACUGUCCCAUCAAUCAAUUUGAACAUCCGUGAUGCUGAUGGGAUGACCCCUCUGGAUAUUCUCAAGCAACGACCACGAUCAGCGUCUUCUGAAAUUAUAAUCAAGCAGUUGAUUUCAGCUGGAGGGAUCUCCAAUUGUCAGGAUCAUAAGGCAAGAAGUGCCCUUGUAUCCCAUCUAAAAAUGCAGGGUAUUGGGAUCAGUCCUGGAACUUCUUUUAGAAUCCCUGAUGCAGAGAUAUUCUUGUACACAGGUAUUGAUAUUGCGUUUGAUGCCAGUUGUGAUCAGGCAAGCAUGGAUUUGAGUGCAUGCUCAGGUGAAAUAAGUCAGGUUGAGUCAACCAACUCCUCGGACAGUAAGAAAGUGGGUUCUGUAAAUUAUGCUGCAAGGCGCCUGAAGUUUCUACUCCGAUGGCCCCUUAGGAAAGAGAAAAAAUCUGCUAGUAGAGAAUUAAGAGAAGAUGAUUCUUUGGAAUCAUCCAGUAUAAGUAAAAACUCAGAAGAAGGUCUAAUCCCACUGCGACAGAAAUACUCAAGAAUGUCAUACUUUCCCAACAAUAAAAGGACAGUUUCUCUUAGGAGUGAUCUUCCUAGCCCAUCCACCAAAAAGAAAUUUUCUGCGGGGCUAAUGCAUGGUGUUAUUAAAGCAAAUCCACAUUUAGCUGUUCUGGCACAAUCGCCUUCAAGUCCUUCACCAAGAUCUUCUGUGUCUUCAUUUGAUUCAAUUGAUAAACAUAAGGAUAUUGAUAUUGCUAGACCCUCUUGCUCAACUGUGUCAUUUAAUGGUAAAGCACCACAAAUGAACUACAGACAAAAUUCCCUUAAUAAGAAGUUGAUGAACCAGUAUUUCUGUUUUGGUACACAAGCCGUUGCAGUGAAAGAUUCAGUAGACCAUGUGCAGCCAAAUCAGAGUUACAAGCUGAGUUCUCUAGUAGCCUGAUUUUACUGUACAAAAGAGUUGUGAGUUUUGGUUAAGGGCUACAAAUAGCAUAAAAUUUUGGUGAGCUGUUAAAAUAUUCUUUUCAUCCUCUAUCUCUCUCUUUUGGUUUUUAAGGUUUUUGCAUUUGAAAUACAUGCUUGUUAAUAUUUGUGUGUAGAAUAUGUAUACCUGUUCAGCAAUGGUAUAAAUAAUGUUAUGAAACAACUACCUGGAUCAAAUAUUUGUAUACCUCCUUUGUUGUAUCUAUCAGUAUAUUAGAAAAUUAGAUUUUAAUAGAUUGCAAGAUACAGCUGAGACUGUUGAUGAUAGGACUGUUUAUGAGCAAUCAAGCUGCAUUCAAAUCAAAUGACAUUUCUUUC